AUGAGAUUUGGACAGACUCAGAAUAGUAACAACAGAACCAAGAGAGGGACGGGAUCAGAUAAUUAUUUAGGUUCUGAUACCAACAUAACUGAUAAUGAUUUCUCCAAUUCACUGUCAUCAUUGGCAUCAUCAAUAGAGAAAACACUUCCAGAGUACAUCAACAACAAACCGUUCAAAUCGAACAACACUCAGAAAGGUAUAUAUGUUCCACCACACAAGUCAAAGCGCGGAGCGUCUAGUUAUAGAAAGAAGGGAUCUAAUCUGAAUGCAACAUUAACUCCAGAAGAACAGGAGAAGAACAAACAAAGAUUGGCUAGGUUUGCAAAAUCCAAGUCGGCUCCUAAAGAUGAAUUUGGGUUAGUCAGUAGAGGAAAUGACACCAGACUUCGUAACAAUGAACAUGAUAGAGUAGAGUUUUACCGCCAAAUACUAUUCCAGUUUGUUCGAUUUUGCUCUUGCAGCACCCCAAAUUCUUUACAUCUUGGUCUUUCUAAGUUGAUCAAUGAAGAAGAUUAUCAAAGUAUAGACAACACCGAUAGCGAUUUUCCCAAACCGGAAAAUAUAACCAUGGAUUCAAUACUUUUAUCAACUCGAAAAUUACGUGAAGCUCUUCUUUGUGAUCCACCUAGUGCAUUUCAUAAAAAAGUCUUUAUGUUUUCAGUUCGUAUAUCUUCGGUGUUGGGUCACUAUCAGACAUAUAUACCGAGUAUCAAUUAUUUAAUAUUACACAGAGCGGAAUUGGAUCUUUCUGACCUAGAGUUCGAAGAGAUAGCUACUAUCCUAAUACUUCAUCUUGUACAUCUAAAUGAAAAUAUACCACGAGCGAUCCAGUUAUAUUUCAGAUAUAUUCCCCAUAAAAAGGAGAUUCUAACUGUUAUUCAAAGCUGGAUUAACGGGAAUUACUACCAUUGGGUCAGAAUUUACAAUGAAGAAAGAAACGAAGCCAUUGUUUCAUUAAUGAAAUUGGGUCAUGAUAAAAUGGUACGUCGUCUAAUAAAAACUAUAAGCUGUUGCUAUUACACGUUGCAAAAAUCUGAUCUUGAACAGAACUAUUUACCUCAUGACUUGAAUUUUGACGAACUUGUUUCCAAACAUAAGAUCAAUUGGAAACUCUCUGAUGACGGCAAAACUGUCAUUAUUAGGGAGAGAAAGAAGAAAGUGGUUUCUUAA